AUGGACGGAUCAUUGAAAGGCAAGGUCAUUGCCGUGACAGGCGGCGCGUCUGGCAUUGGCCUUGCUGUUGCGGAGAAACUGCUCAAAGUGGGCGCGAAUGUCGCCAUCGCCGAUCUGGCCAAAGACGCUCCCAGCAGUCUCAGUGCGGCAACGACAUCUGGUUCUGAGUAUAGCUAUACUGUGGUGGACGUGUCUUCGAGAGAUGCCGUCCACAAAUGGGUCCAGGACACGGUGGCGCGUUUUGGCCAUCUAGACGGCAUGGUUCCGAAUGCCGGCAUCGCCCACCAAUCCAACACGUACGACGACGAGUCUCUGCAGCGAACGCUGGCGGUGAAUGUCGUCGGGGUGUGGAAUUGCGCCACCGAGGCAUACUACCAGUUUCGCGAGCAGGACUCCAAGGGCUCCAUCGUCAGCACCACCAGUGCCAACGCCAUCAGGCCCGGCGCAUUCACGGCAGCGUACAAUGCCUCCAAAGCCGCCGUUGUCAGCCUCACCAGGACGUGGGCGAUCGAAUGGGCCGAACAGGGGAUUCGCGUGAAUGCAGUCGCGCCCGGCAUGCAGCAAACUCUGAUGCAGUCCGCCGACGGCGGCGACGAGGUCCCAGCCGCCAUUAUCGCGUUUGUCAAGGAGAAAACCCCCAUGAAGCGGAUAGGCCAGCCGGAGGAGCUGGCGGAAAUGUAUGUGUUUUUGUUGUCGGACGCGGCCUCGUUCAUCACGGGCGCGACCAUGAGCGUCGACGGUGGGCUUACGGCAUAG